GAGUGAAUGUAAGUGUGUGUGUGUGUGUGUGUGUGUGAGGGAGAAAAAAAAGUUAUAAGUUAUAAGUUAUGAUAGGCAUCUGCCAUAGAAGGCACACACGUAAAGAUCAAGAUGUAAACAAAGUGGCAGCUGUCACUUCACGCCCUGUAACUGUCAAAUCCCUUGUGCUUACAGAGAGAAUACAGUUUGCACCAAGGGAACAAGAGUGCUAAUAUUCCCCACCAACAUUUACAGGUGGCGAGUGGAAGCCAUGGCCCUGACUACUGGUCCCUCAGCUGGUGGGGAGUGGGUGGCUGGCCUGGUGCUGGCAAGAGGAGGCAGCAAGGGAAUCAAGAACAAGAACCUCCUUCAGCUGGAGCACAAGCCACUGCUGAGGAGAACACUGGAGAUCAUGCACAAAUCCAAGUGCUUCCAUAGUGUGUGGGUGAGCACAGACAGUGAGGCGAUAGCGGACUGUGCCCGAGCGGAGGAGGCUGAGGUGCACUGGCGGGCGCCUUACACAGCUACUGAUGAUGCCUCAUCUGUGAGUGCUGUGCAGGAGUUCAUCAAGUUCCACCCUGAGAUCACCAUAGUGUGCCUUGUCCAGUGCACCUCUCCAUUUGUGCAAGUGACCUACUUGCAGGAGGGGAUGCAGAAGAUGGCAAGAGGCUAUGACUCGGUCUUCUCUGUGACGAGGAGGCACUUGCUGAGGUGGUCUGAGGGUGAGUUUACUGUGCCGCAGAACUUCAGUCCAAGACAUCGUCCACGACGGCAGGACUGGAGGGGGGAGCUGUACGAGAAUGGCAUGUUCUAUAUCACCAGGGUGGAGGUGCUCCAGAAGGGUCUGCUGCAGGGAAACAGAUGUGGGUACAUUGAGGUGCCACAGGAAGACAGCCUGGAUAUUGACACUCCCUUUGAUGGCAUUGUUGCUCAGACAUGGAUCAACUACUGUCAAGGUGGAUCCAUAUAGUACUGAGUGUGUGGAUCAUCUACUGUUGAGGUGGAUCCAUAUAGUACUGAGUGUUCAGAGGUGAGUGUUGCAUUUCAGACAAAAAUUAAUACAGGAGUGUUUGGGUAUGAAGUGUAUUUGUUAUAAACAGUUUGUUAAGUAUAUUUAUAACCUCUACUAUAAUGAGUCUUUACAGGUGAAUGUUGCAUCACUGACAAAGAUGAGUACAUGAGUGUUUCUGGAUAAAAACUGUAUUUGUCAUGAACAGUUUAUCAAGUAUAUAUCUAAUAUCUACUGUUUAUUAGCCUCAUAAAGGCAGUGCUUUAUAUGAAUCUCUUUGUUUGUCUUAUGCUGGCUUUUCCUUUGCCACUUUCUACUCCUUUUCAUAAAAAAAUUCCUUCCUCCCAUCAGCCACUGUGUUGUUUGCAAGGAUCUUUCCUCAACUCUUUAUAAAGACAAUGCUUUCUGUGAAUCUCCUUGUUUCUCUUGUGCUGGCUUUUUCUUUCACAUUCUGCUCCUCUUCACAUUACUGCAUCUUUCCUACCAGCCACUCAAUUGUUUUCAAGGACCUUUCUUCAACUCCUGCACCACAGCAAGCAGCCAGCACAUUCCUUUCACAUCUCAGCUUCUCGUCUCUCACGCCAAAACAUUUUCAAGACAUCUUAGAUUGUGAGUGCCAUCAUGAGGUGUUUGUUUAAGGGUACAGCAGGAGUAAAACGUGACACAUGGAAAACAAAAUAACACUUUAUUAUUAAUUAAAGCUAUGCUGAUCAUGUUUGCCAUUCAUUUGCAUGUUGAGUGGCAUAGAUGGAGUGACUGGUCAGGUGAUAACACUGUAAACUAACAUGUUUUGCCAGUAUCCAUUCUACUCAUGUAUGUAAUUAUAAGCUGCUAUACAUUUAGUCAUCAUUUGUUAUAAUGCACCAUAUUGAAGUUAUGCCUAUACAGUAAGUAAAGUUUUGUAUUUAUAUGAUAUUAGUAGAAAUUUAUCACAAAUUUACUAGCAUAGAGGUUGGAAGACGAGAUAUCUAAGCUACAAUUUUUACUCUUAUAUUACUCUUGCACCAAUUUGUAUGAAAGGAAUGACCCUAAGAUAUGGUAAAAAUACUUGUGCACCAUUUCACUACGUAUCAGAGGAAUGACACCAGCUUAAGGCAAAGACAUCUCAGGGUUCUGUGAUACAUUGUUGGGGUUGCUGGGAGAGACUCAGGUCUGCUCACAUCCUCACCCUUACCCUUCCACCAUCAUUAUUGCAAGAUUUCCCUCAUAAUAUUUACAUUCCUGGGGAAUGUCAUGUCAAAGAAAGUUGUAGAUUUUAAGUACAUUCCACCACACUGCAAUGGUCAGUUGACAACAUUCAUGAAAAGUUACCACCACACCUCUCACUGUGGGGCAAGCAAUAAGUGGGGAUAAGGAGUCGGAGGAGGAGCAACUUGAGGUCAAGGUACAAGGAGCAUUGCUGGCUGGUAAUAUAACCACACCAUAAAUCCUUGUUCCCUGCCUUGCUGUGAUCACAAUUCUUCUAUUAUAUUACAAAACUGUCCUUUUCUGAGACAGUUGCCUACUGCCCUGUAGAAUGGUAUCACAACCACCCUCUGAGGGAUAUAUUGCAUCUGGCUGCUGAUUAGAGGGACUCACUAUUUGGCAGUUAUAAAAUGAAUGGCACGAAGAGAGAACCAUUUGACUAGAUGAUACAAAGACACAUAAGGCGCCAUGCUCCAGUAAAGACAUGCACUGCUGGGAAUCAUGUACAGUGUUAUACAAAUCACAAUAGCAGGGAUGCAAAAAUAUGUAGAAAUUAAAUCCAUGAAUAAUAUACAAGUAUAUAAUUAUACUACUGAUGGUGUCCUGCCACAUGGCCAUCUGAGGGAGACUUACCCUCCCUCAGUAAGUCAUAGCCAACAUUCUGCCACACUCACUUAAUGAUGUGGUGGGGACUUAAUUUCACACAACACUCUGAGCUGAAUGUCCUUAUCACUGCACAUGUUGAUCCUUGUGUACAUUGUAAUAAAGGUGCAUAUUAAGAAAUGCUUGCCCUCUCACCAUGACUGUUCUCAAGGUCUCAGAGAUGAUUGGUCAGGUUCUCAAGCAUGUUUUUCUUGCUAGUAGUGUAGAAAUUAUGUUAUUAAUCUGCCACUAAAACCAUGAAAACACCCUUAAAAACCCACAUCACUUGACCACAGUUGUUGAAAACACUCGUGAUGAGAGAGCAAAGUGUUUCUGAAUACACACCAAACUCACGGAAAUUAUCAGCUUGCAUUCUGUGUAGGAUGGGGAUUAUGGCUAAGUUGUGACAAACAGAAGUGUAUAGAAUAUGAUAAAGUAUGUAUAAAAGUAUGCUUGGGGAAGACUUGAUGUAAUAAUCAUCUUGAGGUUUUUACAGCAGCUCACUCUCCACUCCCUCUGUGGAAAUGGUAUACAGUCUUUCUUAGUCUUAAUGUUCAACACUUAAAUCAUCACUUUUUAUAACAGUUUUGCUCAACAUUAUUUAUUCAUCAUCCUAUUCCAACUGUGAGUAGAUUGUGGUGAUUAGAAUUAGGAAAAAAAAAACUAAAGUGACAAAAAGACACUGUCCAUUGAAUAAAAGAGAGGUCUAUAAGAAA